AUGAAUCCAUUUAUUUCAAACAGCACCAACCUCACUGAUGAAAGUUUCUUUAGCUCAGCUCCAACAUUUAUCAAUGGCCAAAAUGUGUUCGUGUCUCAAGAAAAAAAUAGAAAAAUAUUAGACUCAGUACACACUUCAGUUAUAGGGAAUCCACCAAUCAGUUACAACGGUAUAAGUUCGUACGGUUUUUAUCCAGGCAAUUACAUUAAAGCUGAAAAACAUUUUUUGCCACCUUCUGGAGUUCUUUUUACGUUUUCCCCUCAUUUUGGUCAACAUUAUGGAACGACUAAUCAUUCAACACAAGCGCACCAAAUUAACCCUCUGUUUUCCAACCUAAAUGAAUUGCCAAAUCUGAAUUCUUUUUGUUGUACAAAUCACGCAAUGCCAAGAAGAACUGGUGGUGUAUCUGGAAUGGGACAUCCGCACAACGCUAUACCCCCUAACGGAUUUGGCGGAGCGGAUUACCAACACUUAUCCCAAAAUCCGUUUUUCUAUCAAUGUCAAAAAUAUCCCUUUUACAAAUUGAAGUUUCAUAUGGACAAUUGCACUUCAUGUUCGGAUUUAUUGAAUGGCAUCACCCAAGUUCCUGGAUCACAAGGUACAGCUGAUUUCAAUAACAUUUGCGGUUUGAACAUUAAACAUGAACGAAACAGUCUUUACCAAGGAUCUCCCAAUAAUUCAUUUGAUAAUGGUGUUAAUGGUGUUCACGAUGAUACAGUUCAGACUCAAUUUGGUAAUGACCGUACUGGUGUUAGACAUUUAAACAUACGUAAACCUGUAACUCCUCCUAAAUGUCAUGUGGCUGACGCAGUGGAUGAGAAACUGAGUAACUGUUGCGAGACCGUCAAUGACCAACAAGAUCAACAGCAGCAGCAGAAACCGGAGCAGCAUCAAGUUGAGACUUGCGAGAAAUCUGAACAAACAUCUUUUUCUUGUGACGGAGAAGAAGCAGAACGAAGUAAGUCUAAAGGUAAAAAAUUGACUAAAAAGAAUUCGAAGAAAAAGAAAAAUCCUCAUUUGUCGUCUAGUGAAGAAAACCCUUGCCCUAAAACUUGUCGUACUAGACGAAAAAAGAAGAAACCUGAGUCAGAACAUGAAACAUCCUCUUCGUCAGCUACGGAAUAA